CAUCAUUCGUAUCAUUCUUAUAUCGUUUGCAAUUUAUCAUUGUAUUUAACGUAUGUGUAUCAAAUGUUUAAUUAUUCAGUAAGAGAUUAUUCUUCAAGAAUAUCACCUUCUUUUCUAUUCAUAUUCUCUAAUGAUACCAGCUGUUAAAUAAUCUCGAAAAACUGGUAGACAUAUAUAUAUAUAUAGAAAUCAGAAAUCAGUCUGAAACCUGUAUUCUUUCGUUUGUGAUUAAAAUGCCUAAAGAAUUGUUAAUAAACUACUUGAUAGUAUUUCCGCUUGCAUGAUACGGUGUCAGAGAUAAAACCAAGAAGAAAGUGGGCCAGGAAAAAGUAUAUUAACAUUACACUGACAAUAUAAAUAAGGAUUUAUACAAGCCUUCUGAUCUUAAGUGGUUUGCGUGAAAGAUACGAUGGAUAUGGAGAAGAUUGGAUAUUUAUGCCGGAUGGGAAUGGUUUACCUCAAGUAGCAAUAUUAAAGUAUGAAGAUAGCAUAAGAGGUAUUCUUGAUAAUGAAAAGAUUUCUUAUAUCCUUUACACACGGUCUGGUCCAGAGAAUGGUACAAGACUUAUGAUUAAUGAUACUGCAGGACUUUUCGAUUCUGAUUUUAAAGCAUCACGAAAAACAAAGUUCAUAACACAUGGAUGGAAGUCCAGUUCUAUGAGCUCUGGUCUCAGGAACAUGAAAGAAGCCUACUUGCAACACGAUGAUUACAAUAUCAUUCUCGUUGACUGGGAACCUUUAGCUGCAAGUACUUUUUAUCUUGGUCCUAUGCAAAAUACUGUUCGUGUAGGAAAGGAUGCUGCCAAUUUCAUUGACUUUUUAGUCACAGAAACUGAUUUAACUGCUGAAGACGUACAUUUCCUUGGUCAUUCUCUGGGUGCACAUGUAGCUGGUAAUGCUGGAGAUGCAAUAACUUCUGGUAAAUUAGGCAGAAUUACUGGAUUGGAUCCAGCUUUGCCUGGAUUCCACAUGCUUGCUUCUGAUAAGACUCGUUUGGAUUUAACUGAUGCGAUAUUCGUUGACGUUAUUCAUUCUUGUGGUGGUAUUCUAGGUUAUCUUCAAUCUCUAGGUAAAGUUGACUUUUAUCCAAACGCAGGAACAGCUGUUCAACCUGGUUGUUGCUGUAUCCCAGAAGUCAUGGAAGCUUGCAGUCAUGGACGAUCCUACGUGUACUUUACAGAAAGUAUUAAUUCCAAAACUGGACUUCCUGCAGUAAAAUGUGAAAAUUGGGAUAGUUAUAUAAAUGGUGAUUGCAUUGAUUCUGGGAUAGUUUUAAUGGGAGAACAUGUAGAUAAAUCUGCUAGUGGAUCUUAUUUUCUUAGAACACGAUCUGAACCACCUUAUGCGUAUCUAUCAGAAAUAACCAACAAUGAUAUUUAAAUUCUAAUUUUGACAUAAUAAGAAA